AUGGCAGCGAGGGCGCUCAAUUCCAUGUACCGGCUGGCGGUGCCCGCAUCCAUCGUCGCCAUGGCUGCCUCGCAGUCUCUGUUCGACGUCAAGGGCGGCACGCGCGCCGUCAUCUUCGACCGCGUGUCCGGCGUCAAGGAGGACGUCAUCAACGAGGGCACCCACUUCCUGAUCCCCUGGCUGCAGCGCGCCAUCGUCUUCGACGUGCGCACCAAGCCGCGCAACAUCGCCACCACCACCGGCUCCAAGGACCUGCAGAUGGUCAGCCUGACCCUGCGCGUGCUUCACCGCCCCGUCGUGAAGCAGCUCCCCAAGAUUUACCAGAACCUCGGCGCAGACUACGACGAGCGCGUGCUUCCCUCCAUCGGCAACGAGGUCCUCAAGGCCAUCGUCGCGCAGUUCGACGCCGCCGAGCUCAUCACCCAGCGCGAGGCCGUCUCGCAGCGCAUCCGCGACGAGCUGACCCGCCGCGCCGCCGAGUUCAACAUUGCCCUCGAGGACGUCUCCAUCACCCACAUGACCUUUGGCCGCGAGUUCACAAAGGCCGUCGAGCAGAAGCAGAUCGCCCAGCAGGACGCCGAGCGCGCCCGCUUCAUCGUCGAGCGCGCCGAGCAGGAGCGCCAGGCCAACGUCAUCCGCGCCGAGGGCGAGGCCGAGUCCGCCGAGACCAUCUCGCGCGCCAUUGCCAAGGCCGGCGACGGCCUGGUCCAGAUCCGCCGCAUCGAGGCGUCCCGCGACAUCGCGGCCACGCUCGCGGCGAACCCCAACGUCGCGUACCUGCCGAGCGGCGGCAAGAACGGCGGCGGCGGCCAGUACCUGCUGUCCGUGGGCAGGGCGUAG